CAAGACUGUUUUUCCGUGGAACGAAACUAAGCCUUCAGCGAUUGUAACUUUGUGGACAGACCGGUUUGAAUCGUUACUCGCUCUUGAACGUAUUGGUACCAUGCCAGAAACCUUACCCGGCAUGGUAAUUUGGAGUCUUGGGGUAUUGUGGGUGCUGUGUACUGUCGCCGUGGCGCAAGAGGCGUUCGUGAACUCAAUCUCAGUCCCGGAACGCCAGGACCUGUACGAGUUCGACUGGACGGUGGAACACUGGGAGACGAUGUUUCUGUAUGACAAGUCGCGAGAGGCGGGGACACCCGUCAUUAUAGACAGUCAGACUGGUGCCUACAGUAAACGGACGUACAACGGUACAAGUCAGCGCUGUGAGCUGAGGGACAUGACAGAGGAAGAGAUUACCCAGGUGACGACAGCGGACGGUUUUCACCGCAGGACAACACUGGUCAACAAACAGCUGCCGGGACCUACCAUUGUCGUGUGGAAGGGGGCACAAGUUGCUGUUCGCGUGAGAAACAAGCUAAUACAGGAAGGCGUGGCAAUCCACUGGCACGGCAUCACCCAGCACAACACGCCGUGGAUGGACGGGGUGGGCGGCGUGUCACAGUGUCCUAUCAACCCGGGGGAGAGCUUCACUUACAGGUUCACUGCGUCAGAAGGCGGGACUCACUGGUGGCACGCCCACCUGGGAACCUUCCGGACAGACGGACUGUACGGGGCGCUUAUUGUACUGGAGAACGACACAGCGGUGCCACCACUGCCGGUCUUCCAUAAGGAGUUUGUGCUGCUCGUGCAUGACUGGCAGAGGGAGGACUCACUGGAGACGUACCUGCGAGUGGAAUGGGAGGCAACCAGGUUUUCCCACGGGUACGGAGAUACUGAUACAUGCAGGACGAGACUGACACAGGCUGAUGGCACGGACCUGGGACCGGUCCAUUUCACCUCAGGCCUUAUCAACGGAAAAGGUCGUAGCUAUGACAACAACGACAAUGCGGAGAAUCGAUUUAUACCUUUGGAGAAGUUCAGUGUAGAGGGGAACAUGACAUAUCGCUUCCGGGUCAUCAGCGCCGCCAUGGUCUUCCCCUUCCGGGUGUCAGUGGACCAGCAUGACCUGACGUUGAUCGCCACGGACGGAGACAGGAUCCGUGAACAGACAGCAGAGUCGUUCAUUAUUAACACAGGCGAGCGCUAUGAUUUUUACAUCACAACCAACCAGCCUGCCGGGAACUACUGGAUCCGUGCUGACACCAUCGAACUGUAUGAGGACGGUAACCCGGUGAGCAGACAGCACCAUACCGAGGCUAUACUACACUAUGAAGACGCACCAGACGCAGAGCCGACCUCCCAGCGUAAAACCUGCGCAGAACAUGACACCUGUACCAUCGUCAACUGUCCAUUCAGACAGUACGGGGAUCCGUCCAUGUACCUGGAGUGCCUGCCGGUGCACGAGCUCCGGUCUCCCGGUAACGAUUCCGUCCCCAUGCCGGAGUCUGCGGACAGGUGGGAGGAACAUUUCAUCAACUUCCACUUUGCAGGGUCGGAUAAUAAUACGGGUCAGAGGUCAUCUGUCAACGGCCAUCGGUUUGUCCCGCCGUCCACACCGCCACAGGUAAGUAAGGAAUGCUAUGUCACAGGUGACGAAGGUCUCAUGGCAUGUACCGACGAGCUUUGCGGCGGGGAGAAGUACUGUGACUGCAGCUAUCACGUGACUAUCACCCCUGGCAACGUCGUGCAGAUGGUUCUCUAUAACAUGGGCUCCGGCGCAGGUCUAGCCGGUACAGCCCACCCCGUCCACAUACAUGGUCAUCACUUCCACGUGUUAGACAUGGGCUUCCCGCAGUACAACAGUAACGGCGGCUACGUUAGCCAGAACCCGGAUAUCGACUGCGGCACGUCGGACAGGUGUAACGGGAAGAGAUGGGCUGACCCGGCGUGGGAGGGCGGGAACAAGCCGGGACUGAACCUGCUGGACCCGCCCCUGAAGGACACGGUGAUCGUGCCGGUGGGAGGGUACGUGGUUAUCAGGUUUACAGCUGAUAACCCAGGCUGGUGGUUCGUGCACUGUCACAUCGAGAUCCACCAGGUGGAGGGGAUGGCCAUGAUGAUCAGGGAGGGGACGGAGGGACAGAUGAACCCCCCACCCCCGGGAUUCCCUACCUGUGGGGAGUUCGACUGGUCCUCAGAAGAGUUUGAGAAAGCGAAGAAAGGUUACAGCAACUCCUGGAUCCACCAAUUAUCAGCCCUGGAAGGUGGUGGCAUUGGAGCUGCUGUUGGAUUCACCGUAGGGAUUUUAGUCGGCAUCCUCGGAACUUACAUAUAUGCAAAAUGAAGCUCUUAGCAUGACUGUUUUGACCCUUUCGGAAAGUAAUGCGCCCAAACGGAAUGACAUCUCGUGGCGUGUUGGGCGAAAAGGAGCCGUUUGCCACACAUUUGCUGAAACUGGGUUUGAAUAACAUCUUAAUGAUUAGAAACUAGAUUAUAUAGCUGAUAAGAAUAUCAAUCCUUUUCGGAACGACGCCAGUGCCUUGUUGCCUCCAUAAAUAUGGAGGUAUUGCUUGGUCUGUCAAUGCGUGUUUGUGUGUAUGUGCAUAUUUCUUCAGCUCGACAGCAAGAUCUCGUGCUUAUAGAUUGUGAUGAUGUUUGUUGAUAAUAAUGAUGAUCACACUGUUCAAACCAAUGGAGUACCCACAUUGGGUAUUUCGAUCAGAUCAGUACGUCCCCACAUUUACUAAGCAUAGUUACAACAUCAUUGUUAUUUUAAUUAAAAAAAUGUGAAUAACGUAACAUUCAGAGAGUAACAGACGGAAUAGAGCUGGUACUUAUCGACAAGAUAACAUAAAAUUAUGCUGUUUGUUGGCAGGACUGAUAUUGAUGUGCAUUAUCGAUUAAUAAAGACCUUUAUUGUACACACAUAUCCACUGGGUUAAGUGCAGGUCUCUAUAAAACAAAUAACGUUACGUAUAAUAUAUACAAUGCUCAGUAACUGCUAUUAAGUAACUAUGGCUUUUUCACGUUUCUUAGUAAUGG